UUAGUGACAGCGAUGUACGACAUAUCGGUCUAGUUGACGGCACGUGACGUGUCUCUGUCAACACAACAAUGGCGGAUGCCGUGGAGGAAGUUCUUCAGGGCAGCUGGGACCAGGAUCUCGCUGAUGCUCUGGACUCCGGUGGCUCGGACAUGGAGAUGGAAAGAGGCAUCAUUCAAGUCCAGGAGCAGUCAACUCAGCACAGAGCCAAGAUGUGGAAGAUCGCUCUAAAUGUCUCCGGGAAAGGAGACAGCCUGUCUCCCUGGGAUGGUGUCCUUGAUUUGCCAGAACAGACACUGAUUCACAACCGCAGUCAACAGCUGAUCAGCCAGCUGGGAGCUUCAGAUGAAGACAGAAGUGAAACAGUGUCUGACGUAGAGUCAGUCAUCACUUUCUACUGCAAGUCUCGUAACAUCACUUUCACUCCGGAGCUCAGCUGGCCGCACCUGCUCAAACCUCUCCUGGGCCUUCAGCUGCCCCGCAGCGACCUUUACAACUGCUUCUACGCUAUCAUGAACAAAUACAUCCCCAGAGACUGCGUGCAGAAGGGUCGACCUUUCCACCUGUACAGACUUCUACUGCAGUAUCAUGAGCCGGAGCUCUGCUCCUUUUUGGACACCAAAAAGAUCACACCCGACUCCUACGCCAUUAACUGGCUCGGGAGUCUCUUUUCCAGCCACUGCCCUCCUGACGUUACCCAGGCCCUGUGGGACUCUUACCUCCAGCAGUCUGAUCCUUUUCUCAUCUUCUUCCUCAUGCUUAUCAUCCUCGUCAAUGCCAAAGAGGCCAUCCUUGCACAAGAAGGAAACAGCAAAGAAGACAUAGUCAAAAUGCUGGAGGAAUCCCCCUCUCUCCUGGAAUUGGAGGACAUUGAAGAUCUGUUUUCGCUGGCUCAGUAUUACCAGAGCAAAACCCCCCUGUCGCUCCGAAAGAUGAACCAGAAUCUGUUUGGGAGCAGCCUGGUGGCUCUGAAAGAGGAGGAAACUGACCUGAGUCAGGCUCUGUGCCUCCCAGUGUCCGUCCCUGAAAUCCUGCAGGCCAACCAGCUGCAACAGGACGGGGUCCGUUUCUUUGUGGUGGACUGUCGGCCUGCAGAGCAGUACAAUGCUGGACACCUGUCCACAGCCUUCCACCUGGACUCCGACCUGAUGCUGCAAAACCCCUCUGAGUUUGCACUCUCUGUGAAGUCUCUCUUGGAGGCACAGAAGCAGUCUUUAGAGUCAGGCUCAAUCGCCAGCGGAGAGCACCUGUGUUUCAUGGGCAGCGGCAGAGAGGAGGAGGACAUGUAUAUGAACAUGGUGCUGGCACAUUUUCUACAGAAAAAUAAAGAAUACGUGAGCAUCGCUAAAGGAGGAUUCAUGGCUCUCCAGAAGCACCUGGUGGACAUGAACGUGGAGGGCCUCGACUCUUCAUACGUCAACUGGAUUGUCAGCACAUCUGGAUCCCACAGCAGCCUCAGCUCAGCUGAUGGAGAGUCUCUCAGCCCCGGAGACGGAAAAGGCGUCAAGUCCCUGGUCAACAAAAUGACUUUUGCCCUCAAGUCCAAGUCGGUGAACGUAAAGGAGAAGAUGAUCAGCUUUAUUGAGAAUACUUCCACCCCCGUAGACAGAAUGUCUUUCAAUCUGCCCUGGCCAGAGAAGGUGAUUCCAGAUCGACACGUCAGCAGCAGUGACCGCGUGGGCAAACCUUACCGCGGGGUCAAGCCCGUCUUCAGCAUCGCCGACGAAGAGGAGUACGACACAGAUGAGAUAGACAGCUCAUCCAUGUCAGACGACGACAGGAAGGAGAUCGUCAAUAUUCAGACCUGGAUGAACAAACCGGAUGUUAAACAUUGCAUUCCAUGUAAUGAGGUGAAAGAAACAGGUCACAUGUUCCCCAGUCACCUGUUGAUCACAGCUACUCACAUGUACUGCCUGCGAGAGAUCGCCUCAAGGAAAGGCUUUGCCUACAUCCAAUCCAGACAAGCUCUGAAUUCUGUGGUGAAGAUCACAUCCAAAAAGAAGCACCCAGAACUGAUCACAUUCAAGUUUGGGAGCAACAAUUCAGCCGGAGUGGAGAUUUCUGCCGUUGAGAGAUAUUUGAUACCCAAUGCAGGCGAUGCCACAAAGGUCAUCAAGCAGCAGAUCAUGAAAGUUCUAGAUGCUCUGGAGAGCUCGUAAGCAGAGACAACGGGGUCAAUCCGGACAGGUUAUGAUGAGCUCCCAUGACACAAACUGUAAGAAGACUCUCCUUCUCGUGUCCUCCCUCCCGGACGGCUCCCAGAGCAGCGUUGACUGUUAGGACCCGUGUGUCUGUCCACAGGACAUCCGGGCAGAGCGCCAACCGCAGACCUGUGGGGCAGGCUGCACGUGUCCAAAUAUAUAGGUGCUCUGCAGUCACCUAACCAUCACCGUUUCACUAAUUUAAGAAAUAUCGGUUAUAGUGUGUGUUCUUCCUUACUACUAUUAAAACACAGGGUGUCAUUACAGUGCAGUUCGGCUUUGAUGAGUUCCCUCUGGCCUUAACGUAGCAUACUGGCUGACCAGUGGCACUUUUGUCAAACUCUUACGCGACUAACUUUUUUCAAUUUUAUCUUGGACUCGAUAUCUCAAUUCGGACUGACUUUCUUUUUUUCGUUUCUUCAUUUCUCUUGACGUGCUGAGUAGGUAUAUAAGGUGCACCUCUCUUUGAAACAAAUGGUUUUGCUGGAACAUAAGGCAAGUUUCCCUUUGAAACAACAGUUUUGACCACUCUUGUUUUCCAGCAGACAGCCUUAAAUAGGAAUUAUUUGAGGGUCUUUAUGAAUACUUAAUGUAUAUAUAUCGUGUUAACUGCUGUGUUUAUGCACAGACCUCCGCAAUGUCAUUUUGAAAGCAUAUCCUGAAUGAAUAUGCCAAGAAACCAACACGGUUUGAAGGUAACCCUUGUUUCCACUGUAAGAAGUAAGCCUUUACCAGUGUUUACGGGGAAUAAUUUAUUCUCAGCUUUUCCAAACGGUAAUGAAUUAACCUCAUCUCAUAGAGUUUGCCAGUAGCUUCCAUGGAAUAUCAUCCACAGGCCCUUCAGGGCUACACUGGAAUCACUCCAGAAAGUUCAGUGAUUGUAGUUGAUAAAAGACUGAGGAUCUCAGUAGUUUUCUUCUCCAAGGUUUUGUUGAAAACGUGCUUCUUUCAUUAUGUUCUUGACACUGAAAGUAACACUAGAAAAAUUUCACUAAAUUUUAUUUUAUUUUUUUUAUUUUUUCUCUGUGGUCCCCGUGCAGCUGUAAUAUUUAAGACCACUGUCAUCAAAACAAAUCUGAGUGUUAGCCCAUGUGCAGCCACACAAAGAAACCAGAGCGUUGUGAGCAGCAGUAUCUGAACCCUCAGGCACUUUAAGGUGGUUUCAAUCUGGAAGAUUGUGUAUGACGACAAAAAAAAAGUUAAAGGACUAUAAAACAGCUCAGUUUUCAAGGUUGACAAAAGUCUCUAGUGUUGCUUUAAGAAAAAAAGGCUGGUGUCACGAGGACUGUGCUGCGCACUUAAAAGCACAUUUUUGCAGUGGUUCAAAAGUAAAGUUAUUGAUUCUCCCAUCAGUUCGUCUCGUCAGUUGUGUUAGUCGAAACUGAGCAGCUUCAGUUUGCUUGCCACUGUUGCCUUCGGCCUCAUGCCUGUGAUUUGUUUUUGGGCACCAGCAGUGGCAACAUUACACCGCUGCUUCCCCUCUGAUCUCAAUCUGUGUUUUGGACCCUUCUUGAUUUUGCCCUCCCUUAUGCAUUUGCUUUGAAGUCUUUUUAUAAGACAUAAAAACCUUCCACAGGACUGCCGCAGUUGAAUUUUUUGGUCAUUAAUCUCUUCACUCUCCUAAAUUUGAAUGGGGGUGUCAUCAUCCUGCCAAAGAAAGAAUACAUAUUUUAGGAAUGAGAAAGAAAAAAAAAAAAAACUUGAAUUAAAGCCUAGUCUUUUAGUCUCUCAUAGCAUUCCUGUGUAACCCAUGAAUUGUGCUGUCAUUUGUAUUUUUGUGAUACUUUACAGUAUUCUUUAUGCUUGGAACGCCCUUGGCUUUGGCAUCUUUAUGUUCCUCUGUACCGUCACUGGCAAAGUAUGUCUGCCACAUGUCAAAAAUGCGAGAUGUCUGAAGUGUAAUUUGCACCUUACUGUACUGCUAUUAUUUUCUAAGCGUUUCCGUUUUUAAUAAAUGGAGAUUAUUGGACUGCAGUGAUCGGUUCGACAUCAUACUUAAACUCCCAAGAGGCACUAUUUAAUUGCUCAUUGAGAACAGAUGUGACCAGGUUGAAGCUGGUUGUGAACAUUGUAAUGAACUGUCAUAUUUAUGAUAAAUCUAUAAAUAUUUUAACAGUGUGGAAGGAAACAGUACUAUAUCACUGCCUCCCUCCUGGUUUUGAUUGUCAAAUGACAUAAAACUUAUCAGUUUGCAAGAAUAAAAAUGUAGCCCAUCUUAAAGUUUGAAGGUAGUUUUUAAAUAUUAAAGUCAAUGUGUUGAUGAUUGCUGGGACAGAACGAGUUUUUAAUCCUGUGAACCCACACAGACAAAGGGGGACUCUGAACUCCACACAGGACCCUUUUUGCUGUGAGGCGACGUUGCUGACCACCUCAUCACCGUGCUGCCCGCAGUCAGAGGCAUCCCUCGGACUCUGAAUAACUCUUAGCUUUCUGAUAAAAUCUCAAUUUCCUCCCAUGUUGAAAGC